UCUACACUUACACUGAGUGUUUGUGAGUGUGUGUGAGGAUCUACACUACACUUACACCGUGUUUUUGUGUGUGUACGUUCAUAUGAGUGUGUGUGUCUGUGUGUGAGUGUGUGUGUGUGUGUGUGAGGACCUCAUCUUCUUAUACAUGACAGCACGAAGACAAACUUUUCGGACUUCUCCUCUCUCAGAGGAACUUUUUUUCAUGUCAAACGUGAAGUCAGAACAUCCUGCAGACGACAGUAAAGAUCGUUCACACCUGGCCGGGAUUUAAUAGCCUGGUUAUGGAUUUUAACCUCUUGACGGAUAGUGAUGCCCGCAGCCCGGCGCUGUCGCUGUCCGACUCAAGUACCCCUCAUCACGAGCCCAGCAGUAAAGGCCAGCAGAGCAGUGACACUGAGAAAUCCCAGCAGAACCAGUUGGACGAAUCCGGCGCUGACGACGGCUCACUCAAGAAGAAGCAGCGACGACAGAGAACUCACUUCACCAGCCAGCAGCUCCAGGAGCUGGAGGCCACCUUUCAGAGGAACCGCUACCCCGACAUGAGCACCAGGGAGGAGAUUGCAGUGUGGACCAACCUCACAGAAGCACGGGUCAGGGUAUGGUUCAAGAACCGGCGAGCCAAGUGGAGAAAACGGGAGAGGAACCAGCAGGCUGAGUUGUGUAAAAGCGGUCUUGGCGCGCAGUUUAAUGGACUGAUGCAGCCCUACGAUGACAUGUAUGCAGGAUAUUCUUACAACAACUGGGCCACCAAGAGCCUGGCGAGCAGCCCACUCUCCACUAAGAGCUUCCCAUUCUUUAACUCCAUGAACGUAGGCCCCUUGUCGUCCCAGCCCAUGUUCUCCCCCCCUAGCUCAAUCCCAGCUAUGAACAUGGCCCCCACCAUGGUGCCCUCGGCCGUAGCCGGAGUUCCCACCGCGGGCCUCAACAACCUGGGCAGCCUCAACAAUCUCAAUGGUCCGACGUCACUCAACUCGGCGGCGGUGACGGCAGCCAACUGCCCGUAUUCCAGCACAGCCAGCCCUUACAUGUACAGAGACACCUGCAACUCCAGUCUGGCUAGUCUGCGACUGAAGGCCAAGCAGCAUGCCAACUUCGCUUAUCCCAGUGUGCAGAAUCCUGUGUCCAACCUGAGCCCCUGCCAGUACGCUGUGGACCGGCCGGUAUAAAGAGUAUCAAGUCCGCUAGCUCCUCCAUGGACCACCCUGCCGCCAAGGAACACUCGCUUUGUUUUUGCGGCCAACUGAGUUACGCUUUGGAAAGAUGUCUAAAAAAAAAACAAAAAAAAAAAACAACCUUCAUCUUUCUUAACUGCAUGGUUAGAGUAAAAGUAGAAAUGAAGAGGAACUGAGACAGGAAUGCUUCAGCGUAACCUGUGAUUGUCUGUAAUGUAAAUAACACUUUUUUCCAUGUGACUGAAUAGUCGAUGACAACUUAGUACAAGACAUGUCCAAACCAACGUGGAUAUUUUCAAAAACAAAACAUUUUCGCUGUUCCUAUUUUAUUAUUGCAAUUGAUGCGGAAAAAAGGUGCUGUUUAUUACCGGUAAGUCAUUAAUUGUGUAGCAGCACAGUACCAAAACAAGAAGCUAGCUAAUUGGCUAGCGUAAACUCACCAUGGAAAGAUGGGUGCAAUUAAGGAACAAUAAAUACAGGAACUAGAAAAAUCUUCCAGGAGUGUAUAAGGACAUUUCCUGAUAAUUAUCGAGCGGUUAUGAGGAGUUAUGACAUCAAUAGGGCUGUCUUCAAAUAGUCAAAUAUUCUCAAAUUCUAUUCAGAGGAGUACGAUUACGACUAUUCAGGAUUACGAUUCGACUAUCAACCUUGCAGUCGAAUUGUCUGACGGUAACCUACUUCUACUUUCUGUAGGGGAGAGGCAGGACAAGGUAAUGAUCCUUUAAACAUUGUUACGACUUUUUACUUCCUCUGUGUAGUCAAGUUUGAUGUCUUUCACAGGGCUAAGGACCACACUUUACGAUCCAAUUUCUACCGUGUUAAUUUGUUUAUCAGAGUGUUUAGCCUUCUUUUGAAUUGGAGAAAGUUGCGAAUUGGAUGGCUGUUUUGUUCACUUUUAUUAAAAAGGCCGUAUUUAUUUUAUAAGUUAAAUGAUUAACUUUGGAAGAAUCAACUCAUAGCGACUAGAUCUACAUUAGUCAGAGUCGUGUAUAAAGAGAGUAUGGCCAAUUUCCGGUUUAAGGCGAGCCCCUCAAUGAUUGGUCAAAAGGCACUCACGUGACUUCAGAGCGCCAUGACUAUUACCAACGUUGAGCUGAUGCUAUGUUUGCGGCGCUUCCUCGUUAGUUUUUCGGCGUGUAUAAAUGUCCUGUUAUGCAGCAUGGGGCUGCUACACCCACCAGGAUUGUGGAAGGAUUUUACAUCGCUUUCCUUACAAGCCAGAAAGAAGACAAGUAUAGGAAGUGAAGAUUCGGCAUCAACACUAGAGAUCCACCAAUUACAAGACAUGUCUGUUUUGUUCAGAAGAGAACACACAGAAGCAAACACAAAUAAUAAAAAAACCAAAAAACUAAUUAAAGAGUUGGUUUGACAAAAACAGACAAUAUUUGAAACUCAGUAAAACUAAAAUAAUCCAAUUUGGUAACAGUAUACAAGAAAAUCAACCACAGACACAAAUAGACAUUGAAAGAGUAGAAUAAACUGAAUUUCGGGUGUAAUAAUAGAUGAGAAAAUGAACUGAAAAUCUCAAAAAAUAUCCAACAUAAAGUGGCCAAAAUAAUGUCAAUAUUGACUCCAUAUUCUCUCUCUACUGCUUGCCAGUGUUUCCAUAUGUGAGUUGUUGUGCAGAAAUAUGGGAAAAUAACUACAAAAGUAUACUUAUUCACUUAACAUGCUACCAAAAAGUAAGCUUGGUUAGAACACUACAUAAAACAGAUACAUGCAGUGAUUAAAAAUACAUCGUAGUCAGCCACCACAGUUGGCAUACUUCACACAGAAGUCACAAUUUCUCCGUGAGGAUUUGUCCAAAGCUAAUAAAGAUUUUGGCAAAAUUAGGUUAUAUCUUUGGUCAUUCCGUGUUUUUUCUUUUUGUUUUUACAUUUAUUGCGCUGUCGGGUGCAUGUCCGAGUACCCGCGAGUCACGAAACACUUCAGGAACAUAGCAGCAUCCACCCAUCAAUCCAUUUACUACAGCUUGUCCCGCAAAGUGCGUCAAAUACGGCCGCAAAAUUAUAAUUUCACGAAAUAAAAGCAUGUUUUAAUGUAAGUUUAUGAGCUGGAGUAUGUUUAAAACAAUGUAUAGACAUAUUUUUCUGUUUAUUUCCUCAGAAAACUUAAGUCAAAACGACAGCAGUUGCACAUUCUUGGGGGUUGGUGCCUGUUGUUUAGUUGGCCAUGCUCUCUUUAUACACGACUCCAACAUUAAUGUAACCUUACUGACACCUAUUGACCAGUCAGUUUACAGUACUACAUAGUAUUAUAAUCUUUUUUUCCUUUCCUUUAUUUUCCCUCCAUGCCAUAGAUUUGACUAAUUGUCGACUGUGUAAAAUCUAACGAAUCGGACUCUAUAUAAAGACAAUCCUCGCCCUAGAUGUCACACAGACAAAUCAUAUUACAUAAAAUCAUAGGUCUAAAAAAACAAUAUAUUGAAUCAAAUACAAUUUCCAAUGAGGUGAUAUUACCUGUAACGUGCUGUAGGUGGGCUAGGGUGAUCAAAUAAAGGGCUCCUUUUCUUUUCCUUUUCAAGCCUGUCCCCUGCAUUCAUAUUAAACAAACCUGGCGCUGAUCAUGUGGAGCACCUUCACGAUUUUAGAGAAAGACAUUUUGUGUGCUGUUUUCACUGACCGACAUUAAUAAAAAGGCAAUACAGAAGAAGACAAAACUCGAGGAGGGAAUGAUAAUCUUCGGAGUAUUUUGAAGAAAAAAUCCCAAACUGAAAAAAAAGUGGGACAAUAUUAUGUACAGUAGGUGAAUAUGUUCUCAACAAAGUAACUACGCUUUUUAUUAGCUACCUAUUUUUAUUAGCUACCUUAUUGGUUACUUUCUGUACCACGUGACUAUUCACUAUUCCUCCCGAUGACUUGGGAGGAUUUCAAAACAGACAUGAAGAGUUUAUGUUAAUUAUCUAUGGUUGUUGGCCGGAACUUUUUUUUUGUAGCCAAUUAUCGGAACAAAUUCACUUAUAUAUAUAUAUAUAUAUAUAUAUAUAAAUUUUUUUUACAUAUAUAUGUACACAUACAUAUAUAUAUAUUUUUUUUACAUAUAUAUAUAUAUAUAUAUAUAUAUAUAUAUAUAAAACACAAUUUUAUAAGACAAUCUUACAAUACAGUAUUAAAAGAUGCUUUUAUUGUUGGAAGUUGGAACAUCGGGACAAAAACAUCCCGAUGGUUUUUAUGUGCGUACCCAGCUUAAGUGUGAUCAUCAAUAUGAUUUCAUUUACAUUACCUUAAAAAUCAGUGUUCAUAUACAUGGCCUAGCAAAACACAAGAAAAAUGGUGUGUGUUAUUAGUCUACCAACGCAUAAAAGAAAGCUGACACGGAAUAAUUUUAUAACUGGUGUUUCUUUGCUGAAUAAGGUGAAAUGGUGUCGUGAAGAUUGCUCGAGAACAAGCAGUUAGUGAAAACUUUCCAAAAGCUUUUAAGUAGAGAAACUAAGGUUUGCGUGGGGUUGAAAGGAUAAAAUCUUUGUCCUUUUUUUUGUUGUUGCAUAAUAUCCAAGUUGGCGUGGACAUGACAAAGCAGAAAAGUUGUUAGGAAGCAGGAGCAGACAACCUUUGGGAAAUGAAUACUUUGUUGUGAAAGCCUAUCCCCCAAGAAGGUCAAAGGUUAAAGGCCAAUUUAGACAAGCAGGAGGAAGGCUGCACCAGAUUACAAAAAUAUUGAGUUUGCCUCAAGAAUUUAGUCAAGAAGAAUAGAUCCAAGUUGAAAAAAGCCAUGGCGUGAAUAGACUUGUGUGUGACUGUAAAAUAUAUGUAAAAUAUAUGUAGGAGUGCGGUUUUAUUUCUUCAUCUUGCCUGCUUUGUCUCAUUAAAUAAAAUAUUCGAAGACCAGCUUUACUAGAAAUUUGCUCAGAAAAAAAUAAACACUGUGAAUUGCUGUUAUUGAAUUAAAAGAGCUUUAACGCA